UCUGUCGCACCACCAGAAUUUCCCUGUUUUCAGCCAACGCCUUUCUCGGAGACUCCGUCUCGGCAUUCUUUCUCGAAAGCAAGCGAUAGGUCGCCCAGCAAUAGCGUGCUUCUACCGUAUCGGGGGAGGAUUUCCGUAGCACACAAUGAGGGCCUCACGCAAUAUCUACAAGGAUGAGGUCGAUUUCACCGCCCUUGCCUUGCAGUCUUCCGAGUUUGCAAAGUACUUGAAAUCCAAUGGGCAACUGGACUUUAGCGACCCGGACGCUGUUCGUCAAUUGACCAAGAGUCUGCUGCAACGCGACUUUGAGCUGAAAGUCGAGAUUCCGGAGAAUCGAUUAUGUCCACCGGUCCCGAAUAGACUGAACUACAUUCUGUGGCUGCAAGAUCUGCUCGACACCACUGGCGAUGAAUACCGUGAUAACUAUGACCCUGACCGAGAAGUUAUUGGGCUUGACAUUGGGACAGGAUGUUGCAGCAUCUACCCCCUGCUAGGUUGUUCCAUGCGACCUCAUUGGCGCUUCGUCGCAACAGACAUCGACAAUGACAAUAUCCGAACAUCGCGAGAUACAGUCUCUGCGAACAAACUCGAUUCUCGCAUUGAAAUCAUCCAGACAGACCCGAAGGAUGAGCUGAUUCCAUUAAACACGAAGCUCAAUGUCGACAGACUCGACUUCACCAUGUGCAAUCCCCCAUUCUACGCCUCGCGCGAUGAAUUAAUAGCUUCCGCAGAAGCCAAAGAGCGACCUCCCUUCACAGCCUGCACCGGCGCCGAAGUAGAAAUGGUCACCACAGGCGGCGAAAUCGCCUUCAUCACGCGCAUGAUCGAGGAAAGCCUGCACCUCCGCGAGCGAGUAAUCUGGUACACCACCAUGCUCGGCAAGCUAGGCAGCGUGUCCGUCCUCAUCGAGACGCUCCUCGAACACAAGAACAACAACUACGCCGUGACCGAAUUCGUCCAAGGAAACAAGACCCGAAGAUGGGCCAUCGCCUGGUCAUGGACGGAUCUCCGUCCAACAGUCUCCAUAGCACGAGGCACCGCCGCCAUCCCCAAACACCUCCUCCCCUUCCCCUCAGAAUACAUCUUCGCGACACAGUCCGAGUCCAUCGAUGAAGUCAGCGGCAAAAUAGACACCGAGCUCUCCGCCCUGCAUAUUCAGUGGCUCUGGCGCAAGAACCUCGCCACGGGAGUGGGGUUCGCCAUGCAGAACGUGUGGUCUCGGCAGGCGCGUCGCAAGAUGCAGAACCCGGAUGCGAUGGCUGAGAUGGGGGAUAUUGACGAGACGAAGGCGGCGCUGGGGUUCAAGGUGCAGGUGAAGAAGGAUGCGAUUGAUGAGAAGGGAGUGAGGGUGAUUGUGAGAUGGCUGAAGGGGAGGGAUACGGUUUUGUUUGAGAGUUUCUGUGGGAUGUUGAAGAGGAAGGUUGAGAGUACUUAGUUGUCUACAGGUAUAGAUGCGUAAAUGCACCCUGCGAUUCUAUUACAAAUUAGACUCAACCGAAUGAAACGAAC